AUGGAAAUUGCAGGAGGAUUUGACAUCGUCAACGUGAUCACUUUUUCAAACAAUUCCAUCCAGAGAGUGAAAGUUGGAAGAUUAGAUGCCAAUGCUCCAGAAGGAAAUGAAGUGGUUAUUAAUGAAAAUUUGAUAGCAUGGCACAAAGAUUUUAACCAGGUUCUUCCAGUUUCUCUGUGCAACGGACACUGUCAUCCUGGGUAUUGGAAAAGAAAAUCUGAAGAGAAUCAUUUUUGCUGCUAUGAUUGUGUUCCAUGCCCGUCGGGGAAGAUUUCAAGCAAGACAGACACAGAAGAUUGUUUCAAAUGUCCUGAAGAUCAGUAUGCAAGCAAGGAGCAAGAUCGAUGCCUUAACAAAACAAUGAGUUUCCUGUCCUUUGAAGAACCUUUAGGAAUCAGUCUGGCAUCAGCUGCUGUUUGCUUCUCCCUCAUGACAAUCAGUGUGCUUGGAAUUUUCCUUAAGCGUAGAGAAACACCCAUUGUCAAGGCCAACAACCGAGACCUCUCUUACACACUACUCAUUGCCCUUCUGCUCUGCUUUCUUUCUUCCUUGUUAUUCCUUGGUCAACCAGGGAAAGUAACCUGCCUUCUCCGGCAACCAGCAUUCAGCAUCAUCUUCUCAGCUGCUGUUUCUUGUGUGUUAGCUAAAACUAUUACUGUGGUUGUAGCUUUCAUGGCUACUAAGCCAGGUUCUUCAAUGAGAAAAUGGGUGGGGAAAAGAUUGUCUCUUGCCAUUGUCCUUUCUUGUUCUCUUCUUCAAACAGGCCUUUGCAUUAUAUGGCUGGCAACCUCUCCUCCAUUCCCCAAGUUAAAGAUGAAUUCCCUUACAGAAAUCAUGAUUUGGCAAUGCAAUGAAGGCUCCAUCUUCAUGUUCUAUUGUGUCCUGGGCUAUCUGGGCUUAUUGGCCAUUGCCAGCUUUAUUGUGGCUUUCCUUGCCCAUAAAUUACCUGACAGCUUUAACGAAGCCAAGUUCAUCACCUUCAGCAUGUUGGCCUUUUGCAGUGUGUGGAUCUCCUUCUUUCCAGCCUAUCUGAGCACAAAGGGAAAAGCCAUGGUAGCUGUGGAGGUCUUCUCCAUCUUGUCCUCCAGCGCUGCAUUAUUGGGAUGUAUUUUUUCCCCAAAAUGCUUCAUCAUUGUUCUUAGGCCAGAAUUAAACACUAAGAGAUUAAUAAAAUAA